GUUCCUCCCAAGACCCAGACUGUUUCUCUGCUGCUUGUUCAAAGGAAAUAUCUCUCGUGGACCCCCAGCUAAUUCAUACCUCUUUUGGAACAUAUCUUUCGCUCGAAUUCUACUUCCGACUUGUUGAUGGAGGAUACCAUAAACGGACCCGAAUGCGCUCCUCCGACCUUGACCUUGGUUCACACUCGUUCGUCGUUUUAGGCUGUGUGCUGCGGGCGCGCAUUUCUCUCCGAACCUUUCUUUUCUUGCGUUAUUCGAUCCGCUUACGUUUCUGCUUCUUUCACCUCUGCUCCGCCUGGUCUGGUCAACAAUCUGUGCUGUGCACUUCCAGAAUUUCACUAGGCUGCAACAUCUUCUAUGUCGGUUUAUUUCUGCGCGCGGUGAUCUGUUAUCUUGGUUAUUGAUGCUGUUUAAUACUGUGGGAAAGCUAUCUAUCAUUUCAAGAGAAAACCUCGGCACCAAAUUUAUUGCGGGCGAUUCCAGUUCAACUUAUCCGAGAUGCGUCACAGUCUUUCAGGUCUGAUGGCACAAAAUCCCAACGUUUAUAUACGGAGCUUCACAGCAUCCUUUUGAUGCCCACGCCCUCAUCAUCCCCGAAUAAACGCGACCGCCGUCGAAAGACAAAAAUGGAUGGCUGUGAAACGCUAUAUAACUUGUCCCUCGAUUGCGUACGUUCCAAGUCGAAUUUCUCUAGGUGUGCGGCAGUAGCAAUGCAGACAAGAUACGUUCCUGUUAAACGGUCUCCGUCUAGUAGCCCUCCUCCUCCUAUCUCACACCUUUCCUCCACUCACGAUCCAAACAACUCUCCACGUGGAAUGCAUUCGACGCUUGCUGUUCAGCAUAUCGUUCCUGCCUACCAGCAUUAUCAAUCACCUGGUAACACGUUCGACGAAAGCUAUCGAAGCAAUUCAUAUUCAAGCCUUAAUCUAGAGAGUUUCCCUCAUCCAUACAACCAAUAUUCCUCCUCUUCCUCUGGCUGGUCCACGCCUUCCACGACGGAAUACGUGCAGCACCCCGCUCAUGUCAACUCCAUCUCUCACACAACCCCAGUAAACCACUACCCGUCGACCACUUUUUACAAUACUAGCACAGUUUGGGACGGCGCGUCAAACCCAGCCAACACAGACGAUGGUCUUGCCGUCAUGCCACCGCCCUACGCUCAGUACGUCGAUGAGACGCCUGCGUACCGCGACCAAUACCACCACGGAAACUACGGCCAUCCUCAUGCAUACGCUGCAGAAGCCAACCGCCAGAUCUCUCCUGUCGGAUCUAGCGAGGUAGUGUCGCCACACCAGAGCUCAACUCAUCUCUCACCCCCUCCGCACACCCCUGAAAAUUAUGAGAGACAAACGCCAUCGCCGCACGUUGGGGCGUUGUCCUCAACCUCGCUGCAAGCACCUUCAAUAACCACCCAUCAGCGGUAUUACAGUCACAAAGAACAGUUACAAUUUUUCAGGGACGCGCUGAGUCUACCGUUCUCAAUAUCGCCCAGUCCAUUCAUCCCUCAGUCGAUGUACAAACCCCACACCAACUCGGACAGGCGCCGGUAUGUGGAGGAGGUGGAGCUCGAUGAGCCAAUAUAUUUUUGGGCGGAAAAUCCGACGGAAUGUGGGAUUUCCCUCGCGGACGCACUUCACUCCCGAGUGAGAAGACUAGUGGGUCGCGAGGACACGGUGUUUGAGGGACGGGGACCCAGCGUUUCGAUCCGACUCGAGUGGCCUGGCUACCGUCAAUGGAGUCGACAGAUCCCUACAAAAGACUUCCGUACCCCUCCCGGACCUAUCACAAAAGCCAAGUUAGCAAAAAAUGUCGCCAAAUGUGUCCACCGGUUUAUUCUUGAACGCCAAAAUCAGCGGUUAGAGGACGAGUCCGACGACAACUGGCGAGUCGGGACUGGCCGCGGUACUAUCAGACUCGAAGAUCUCAUUCUCGUCAGCAUGCACCACGUCUCUAUGGGGUCCUGGCAACCUCAAUUGCGGAUAUGCCGGCCUCAACAGAUGCAUCAUCCCGGCGGCUCCCAUUGGUCGUAAACAAACAGAACAAAAAUGCGGUACAAACCUCGAAGUCGUGAUAACCUAUACCCUUCGUUUAUGAUUCCAACAAAUAAUUAGUAUAUCCGUGCCUGCUUUACUUAAUGUUCUGCUAGAUCCUGAUCUAUAAUCGCACCUGGCGUGUAUCCUAUUGUAGGGUGCUUCUUCCCAUUACUACUACAUCAUACGGGCAAAUGUCGUCGAAAAUGUUCUACCUAGUGGAUGCACCUGUUUGUCAUCUACAGUAUCUAUUCUUUUGUAUCUUUUAGCACUCGAGACGGAUUGUUCAAAAUGUAUUUGUAAAGUUCAAUGAUCUCCUGCAAUUCCAAACACGUCUUUAUUGC